AAAAUAUUGCAGUUCCUACAACUUUUUGAAAAGUUGAAUAAUCGCUGCUUCAGCAAAACCCUGGAAACUCUGACACAUGGAAUCUACUUCCAGUCUGGUUGUUGUCACCGGAUUUGGACCUUAUCGGAACUAUAUCAUUAAUUCCAGUUGGGAAGCUGUAAAGGAGUUGUCAAAGCUGGGUCUCGGUGAACGUGUGGAGCUGCGGAUCAUGGAGCUUCCAGUCAAAUAUAGCGAAGUAAAAAAACGGGUCAUCCAGAUAUGGACAGAGAUGAAACCGCAGUUGUCUGUGCACGUCGGAAUGAUGUCCUCAUCCGAUGCCAUUGCCCUUGAGCAAUGUGCAAGAAACAAAGGCUACACGGAGCGGGACCUCAGCGGGACUCACCCACAAGGAGGCUGCUGUUUGCUGGAAGGACCGGAAAUAAUACAGUCUGCUGUUAAUAUGAAAAGUGUCUGCAAAAACAUUUCAAGGCCCGGGGUUGAUGUUAUCCAUUCCAGAGAUGCUGGGAGGUAUCUCUGUGAAUACACCUACUACAUCUCCUUGUUCUAUGGGAAUGGAAGAGCGGUGUUCAUCCACGUGCCACCAUUAACUAAAUCUUUUACAGCAGAAGAAAUGGCUCAAACAUUGCAGUUAAUUAUCACAGAGGUGCUUAGGCAAUGCGUGUAAUAAAGAAAGUCUCUUGCUGGAUCAGUGGA